AUGACGGCUGGAUUCCUCUCUCUCCUCUUAUUUGGGCUGUGUGCUGGCCAAGACCUAAGAAGAGAUGAGUCACUUCCCAGGCCCUCCAUCCAGGCCUGGCCCAGCUGGAUGGUUCCUGCCACCAGUAAUGUGACACUGCGAUGCUCCACUCCUACUGGGGAGAUCAACUCCAGGGACGUAAAGUUUACCCUCAGAAAGAACAAUGCUUUGAAGAUCUCAUCUCCUGAUUCCCCAGAGGGCCUGGCAGAGUUUCACCUCACUGACCUAACAACCAGUGACGCUGGAGAGUACACCUGUAAAUAUAGGACAGGGAGCCCCACCAGAAGGUCACCGCCCAGUGACGUCCUUCUCCUACUGGUGACAGGAGAAUUACCUAAACCUUCCCUCCACGCCCACCACAGGGGUGAGGUGACUGCAGGAGAAAACGUGACUCUGCAGUGCCAGCAGCCCAGGAUUGUGAUUGAACCCCACAUGUUUGCUCUACUGAAGAAGGGAACCUCAACACCCAUAAUGGUCCAGGGUCCAGUAGGAAUGGAGACAGACUUCUCCCUUCCCGGUGUGACAGGCAGUGACACUGGGAACUACAGCUGUGUGUACUUCCAACCAACGGCUCCUUUCCAGGCCUCACAGCCCAGUGAUGAGCUCACGAUCUCGGUGGCAGAUUCUCCUGGUGCCACAUCAACAGACUACACCACGGGUAACCUCAUCCGGCUGGGGCUGUCUGCCUUCAUCGCGGUGCUCAUGGUGGCCUUCCUGGUGGAGGCCUGGUGGAGCCAGAGAGGGUGUCCCGGGUGUCCAGGUAA